AUGAGUAAAACCUGCCAUCGAGACGAAUUGAUAUGUGUGUCACUGUCACUCUCAUUAAGAAUUGACACAAGAAUUGCAGUAGCAAAAUGGAAAUACGAAAAGCAGUAUAUGUGUAAAUCACAUCGUGAUGUAAAAGUCUUCAGCACCAACCUAAAGCCACCACCAUCUCCAACCUUCGACCUUCUUCCUUCAAAUUCAAAACGCAAACUCUUCUGCUACGAACUCCAAACCUCGAAUCAAAUCCAAACAUAUGAGAGUAGCAGUGCGUUAGGACUUCAACUUACGAACACUCAUUCUGUGACUAUUUACACAGAUAAAAUGAAGCUCUCGGCGUUGCAGCAGAGUUACCUCACGCGCCGGGCCAACAGCUUCAGAGGAUCCGGGCAGUUGGAUUCGGCAGGGGACGGCGCGGUGAAGUCACCGGCGGCGAUUUUCUGGCUGGUAAUCCACGGUCUCUGCUGCCUCAUCAGUCUCGUCCUUGGCUUCCGCUUCUCCCGCCUUGUCUUCUUCUUCCUCUUCUCCGCCAGCCUCUACACAGCUCCGUUCCGCGGCGGAACGGAAAUCGCAGCUCCGCUGGACGGCCCUCCGCCGGCGAACCGGACGGCGGCGGUGGGCACCGCGAGUCGUGUGGUGGUCGGGAGGCACGGGAUCCGAAUCCGGCCGUGGCCGCAUCCGGAUCCUGUUGAGGUGAUGAAGGCGCACCGCAUAAUCGAGAGGGUGCAGAGGGAGCAGAGGACGCUUUUUGGAGUGAAGAACCCUAGGACGGUGAUCGCGGUGACGCCAACUUAUGUUCGCACGUUUCAGACGCUGCACUUGACUGGUGUUAUGCACGCGCUGAUGCUGGUGCCGUACGAUCUGGUGUGGAUCGUGGUGGAGGCCGGUGGAGUCACCAACGAAACCGCCUCGAUUAUUGCCAAGUCUGGUCUCAGAACAAUCCACGUUGGCUUUUCUCAACGAAUGCCGAAUUUGUGGGAAGCUAGGCAUAAGCUUGAGUCUCGGUUGCGACUUCAUGCUUUGAGAGUUGUGAGAAAAGAGAAGUUGGAUGGAGUUGUGGUGUUUGCUGAUGAUAGUAAUACGCAUAGUAUGGAGUUGUUUGAGGAAGCACAAAAUGUGAAAUGGAUUGGGGCUGUUUCGGUUGGAAUAUUGCUUCAUUCGGACGAGUCUUCAUCUAUGGUUCAGAUGGAGGAGGAAGGUGCGGUUAUGCCUGUGCAGGGUCCUGCUUGUAAUGCUACGGAUAAGUUGGUUGGGUGGCACACCUUCAAUUCACUGCGUUAUACAGGGAAGAGUGCGGUUUAUGUUGAUGAUAAGGCACCUGUGCUACCCAGAAAGCUUGAGUGGUCAGGGUUUGUGUUGAAUUCCAGGUUGGUUUGGAAGGAUGUUGAUGAUAAGCCAGAGUGGGUUAAGGAUCUUGAUUCAUUGAAUGGGGUUGAUGAAGAGAUAGAAAGUCCAUUGUCCUUGCUCAAGAGCACCUCCCUGGUAGAGCCACUAGGGAACUGUGGACGUCAAGUUUUACUUUGGUGGCUACGGGUUGAAGCCCGUACAGACAGCAAAUUUCCUUCUCAAUGGAUAAUUGACCCUCCCUUGGACAUCACUAUCCCAUCAAAACGCACUCCAUGGCCAGAUACACCUCCUGAGCUCCCAUCUAAUGACAAAGUAUUAAUUGGUACACAAGAGCAGACGAACAAGCCCUCUCUAAGGACUAAAACACCCAGAUCCCGGCGCAGUAGAAGUAAGAGAAAGCAUGACACCAAAGUGAUAGGUGUGCAAAUCUCUACACAUUCCGAGCAAAACUAA